CCUGUCCUUCUUUGACAUUCCAGCUGCCCUCUGUCAAGGUGACCAUUCCUCAUAACACCAUGUCUCUCCGAUUCUCCGGUGGAUCCAGGCGUAUUUGCUUACCAGCUGGGACUGGAUCUGUCAGACCAGCCAGUGGAGGCACAGGCUUUGCAGGCAGCAAUGCAUGUGGCACCUCUGUUCCUGGAAGUGGAUUUUCCUGCACGUUGGGAGGGGGCUUGGGCGGCGUUCCCAGUGGGAGGCACACCAGUGGUGCCCUUGGAAAUGCUGCUUGUGUUGGCUUUGCGGGAAGCGAAGGAGGACUCCUCUCCGGGAAUGAGAAAGUGACCAUGCAAAAUCUUAAUGACCGCCUGGCAUCCUACCUGGAUAAUGUGCGCGCUCUGGAGGAAGCAAAUGCUGAAUUAGAGAGAAAGAUCAAGGGCUGGUAUGAAAAAUAUGGACCUGGAUCUUGCCGUGGACUUGACCAUGACUACAGCAGAUAUCACCUAACAAUUGAGGAUCUUAAGAAUAAGGUUAUCUCUUCCACUGCUGCCAAUGCCAAUGUCAUUCUGCAGAUUGACAAUGCCAGACUGGCUGCUGAUGAUUUCCGGCUAAAGUAUGAAAAUGAGCUUGCCCUUCACCAAAACGUAGAGGCCGACAUCAACGGGUUGCGGCGAGUCCUGGACGAGCUGACGCUCUGCAGGACGGACCAGGAGCUGCAGUUCGAAUCCCUCAGCGAGGAGAUGACCUACCUCAAGAAGAACCAUGAAGAGGAAAUGAAGGCUCUGCAGUGCGCCGCGGGAGGCAAUGUGAACGUGGAGAUGAACGCGGCCCCCGGGGUGGACCUCACGGUCCUGCUGAACAACAUGCGAGCCGAGUACGAAGCCCUCGCGGAGCAGAACCGCAGAGACGCGGAGAACUGGUUCAACGAAAAGAGCGCCACCCUGCAGCAGCAGAUCUCCGACGACGCUGGAGCUGCCACUUCUGCCAGGAACGAGCUGACGGAGAUGAAGCGCACGCUGCAGACCCUGGAGAUCGAGCUGCAGUCCCUCUUGGCAACGAAACAGUCCCUGGAGUGCUCCUUGACCGAGACCGAGAGCAACUACUGUGCACAGCUGGCGCAGAUCCAGGCUCAGAUCGGGGCCCUGGAGGAGCAGCUGCACCAGGUCAGAACUGAGACUGAGGGCCAGAAACUUGAGCAUGAGCAGCUCCUGAGUAUCAAGGUCCACCUGGAAAAAGAAAUCGAGACCUACUGCCGCCUGAUUGAUAGCGAUGGAAAUUCAUGCUCAAAAUCAAAGGGCUUUGAGUCAGGAAGCUCAGGGAAUUCAUCUAAAGAUUUAUCCAAAACCACGCUGGUAAAGACGGUGGUUGAAGAGAUAGAUCAACGUGGUAAAGUCCUUUCAUCGAGGAUUCACUCCAUUGAAGAAAAGACGUCUAAAAUGACCAACAGCAAGACAGAACCAAGGGUUCCUUUCUAGUUGUCAUUUUAAAGCAAAGAAUUUGGGAAAGGAUCCUGCCCAGCUAUGUUACUCUAAUUAACCUGGAGCAUAAAAACAUUUUCUGUUUUUAAAGUUACUUAGCCAAGUAACUUACUUAACUUCUACAGUAUACUGGGUGCUUUGUUUUCAGGUAAAUAAAUUUUGAUGUGUACCCACUUUCAUUCACUGAUGAGUAAUAAAUAAUUGUGGUUU